CGUCGCAGGGUAGAGGAAGUGCAUGCGGAAGAUCACGAGGAUGACGUGCUGUGUUUAGUUGUGGACGCUGGCUAAUAUCUGUUGUUUCUAUUAUAUGUACUGUUGUGUAGGAAUACAGCUGUGUAGGUACACGUGUGUGAUCCUCCCGUGUGUGAUCCGUUCCGAGUUGCAAUCCACCCGUUUGUAUCGGUGAGGAUUAUAUUUGCACCUUGCAACAGUCUGUUGUUUGUAAACAGUUGGUUUACAAUGUUCAAACUAUAACCCAUUGACUAAUAAAGAGACAUUGGGACCUCGAACUCUUUUGGUGAAGAUGCCUAUCCGUAACCUCGUGUCUAACGGGGACACCGCCGACAAAGUGAGGUACUCCCGGCUCCCCAGUCAUGAUGACGGCUACAUUGAUCUGCAGUUCAAAAGAAGCCCACCUAAAGUCCCCUACAAGGCCAUUGCCCUCGCCACAUUCCUGUUCCUGAUUGGGUCGUUGCUGAUCGUCAUUGGCUCCCUGUUGUUGGCGGGGUACUUUGGUGUCACAAACAGCGACCGGACUGUUCCCGUCCUGAUCAUCGGGAUCCUGGUGUUCCUGCCCGGGUUUUACCACCUCCGGAUCGCCUACUAUGCAUCAAAGGGUUACCGUGGUUACUCGUAUGACGACAUUCCGGACUUUGACGACUGAGCCCUUUUAGUCUCAGGAUCCUGGCUCUCCCGUGGACCUGAACUAGGGCCCGAUGCUGGCUGUUAUAACAGGAUAGAUAUAGUCCAUUAUGUAGCUCUAUGGUGGACGGGUAGAUGCACAUGGUUCACCCCUGCAGCGUUGUUUUAUACCUUAUUUCAGAUCAAGUCCAAAGAACCUUAAGGGUUUUAAGGCAGUUAAAUGUGAUUUAUCUUUUGUGUUUUUGUCUGCUGGCCAAAUACAUGACCGUUGAAAUGUUAGUAAGUUAAAAGUAUUAGUGGUGGCUUUGCACUUACAGCGAUGGCUUGCACACAAGUUUGGCCAUUGUUUUCUGCCUCAGUUUAAUUUAAUAAAACCUAAAAAUAAUGUGUUGGUGAUUCGGUCUGUGUUGCUGAUCUUGGCUUUACCAUUUCUAUUGUGUCUGGUUUCAUGGUCCAAGACUGCCAUUUUCAAUAAGAGCUAUAGACGAGCUAACCUCCCUACCACCAUAUCUGUACAAAAGAUAGUCCGAUUAAUGAUAGAAAUAAUGAAAAAGCACCACCUGUUAGAGAUUAGUUAUUUUUGAAACUGAAUUGUCCAUUAACCAUGGUAGAAAGGUCUUUGCCGUAGCUCACAUGAAUAAACAUGAAUGAGCAUUGCAGUAAUUUACAACCCGACCCAGAAGUGCGGUACAUUACGGUUCAUGAAUAUUCGAUUAAACCUCUCACACAACAAACGCACACGUUCUUAGUUUCAUGAAUAACUCCUGU